CAGACUAGAAAGAGUCGGUUACACGAUACCCUUUGUUUCCUUCAUCUCUAAUUCUAACUCCCAGCCUGACCUGGACGCUUCAAUCCUCUAGAAUGAAAAAAGGGGCUUUUUGAGGGGUUGUGACCGUCUGAUGAUUCUCCUCCAAUAAAUGGGUCGACACUCGCUUCGUAGUAAAGCAGUCCACUUUGUUUCUGAUCUCACCACUGGCCUUCUCAAUCCUAUUUCUGACAAAUCUUCAAAGCCUCCUGAUGGUGUGAUUGAGCCAAAAAGAAGUCAACAGGAGAUGAUUGCAGAAGAGGGUUCUGAGGAUUUGGUUGAUGGACCUGAUACAUCUUCUUUUACAGCGUUCCUUUAUUCCCUAUUGUCUUCAGAGGCUGGUUCAAACUCUGAAGGGCAUAGUGAGCAUGAAAGGGAAGUGGGUGAAGUACCAUCUAACACUGCAAUGAGAGAAAGUGGUGCAAAGAAAAGCUUAUUUUCAAAGGGGAAACAAACCCUGGGGAAAGUUAUGUACCAAGCUGUGAGAAUUGGUGGAUUUAGAAAUCAAGGAUCAGAUCGCAGGGGUAAAUGUGAUACAAUAACUGAUGAUGGAAAUGGCUCUAAACUUGAUGGAGUUGAAUUGGGGCCUAUGCAGACUACAAAUGAGCAUAUGCUUUGUAUGGACCUACCAGAAAUUUCAGAGCCUUCAUUUCUUCUUUCGGAGAGAACAAGAGGUGCUCUUUAUGUUUCACUUCCAGCACUUAUUCAGGACAGAAAAUGGGUAUUGCUGUACAGUACAUGGAGACAUGGGAUAUCACUUUCAACCCUUUACAGAAGAAGCAUGCUUUGGCCUGGCCUCAGUUUGCUGGUUGUUGGGGACUCUAAAGGUGCAGUAUUUGGCGGCUUAGUUGAGGCACCUCUAAGAGCAAACAACAAGAAAAAAUAUCAGGGCACAAAGGAUACAUUUGUUUUCACAAAUAUACCUGGUCAUCCUGUCAUAUUUCGCCCUACUGGGGUAAACCGCUACUUCACUUUGUGCUCCACUGAAUUCCUAGCACUGGGCGGGGGUGGCCACUUUGCCCUUUAUUUGGAUGGUGAUCUAUUGAACGGAUCAAGUUCGGUGUCAGAAACAUAUGGCAACCCUUGUCUUGCCGACUCUGAAGACUUUGAAGUCAAGGAGGUUGAGUUGUGGGGCUUCGUAUAUGGUUCAAAGUACGAGGAAGUAGUUGCCUUAAGCCGAACUGAAGCACCUGGAAUUUGCAGAUGGUGAAAUCUUCAAGAGCGAAGAAAAUCUCAAUUCAGAGUGCUGAUUGGACGCCUGUGUGAAUCUGCAGGUUGGGUUUCCCUUCAAAUGCUGGAUACUGACCCAGCUAAUAACUCAAAAGUUAAAAAUUGUUGUAUAUAUCAAAAAUAUUGCCUCAAUAUAUUUUGUUACCCUAAUGCCUCAUGCAUCCUAAUGUGUAUAUAGUAAGAGAACUAAUAUACGCUACCCCACUUGCCAGUUUUGUUUUGGGUAUAAAUUGAAUUGGGAAGAAACAAACUUAACAAGAUGUUAUGGCAGAACUUUUAGGAGAA